AUGUUGCGAGUGCUGGUUCGUACUGGAACCGAGUCAUGCCGAGCAGUUAGCACAUCUUCCGCUGCUUUUUCAAUUCCGGUGAAAAAAGACGAACUCUCUGCGAAGGAUGUUUGGGAGAGACGUUCGAAACUGCGUAUUCCAAAGCUUCAAAAAGAUGAGCAAUUAUCGUCGAAAGUGUACUUCGCACCAGAAUGGGAUCUCGAAAAGAAACCUAAUCUGGACGAAGGGUUUGUUGAUCCAUUGAAAGGAUACGGAAUGACACCCGAAAAGUGGGAAUACUAUAAUAAGGUUGUCUGGCAGCCAAAUUACAUCGUUCCUGAAACAGGACUUCCGAAAGCUAAGGAAGUGUUUCAUUGCAAAGAGUCUGUUCAUUUCUCACCGAAAAGAAUGUGGGCUGCUUGUCAAUUGGUUUGGAAAAUGAAUGUCGAUGAGGCUAUAACGCAGUUGGAUAUGCAGCAGUUGAAGGGAUGUACACUAUUAAUGGAAACAUUAAAAAAGGCGAAAACGAGAGCAGCCAACGAAUUCCACAUUGAAUAUCCUUCUCAGAUGUACGUUGCUGAUGCUUUCCCAGUUCAAUCAAAUAUUGUCAAAGGAGCUCGUCGUCACGCGCACGAUAACUGGAACACUAUCAGAUAUAGGUACAUUCAUAUUUUUGUUCGACUUGAAGAAGGGCCUGCUCCCGCUCAAAAGCAACGUCAUGCAACGAAAAGCGGAUGGGAUCACAUGGACGCAUACUACAAUUACCUUCGCUCAAGAUCCGUCAAGUAUAGUAUUUAG